AUGUCGGUCCAGCCUAAGAUUCACCUCGUCCGCCACGCUCAGGGCUUCCACAACCUGGGCUCUGAGUUCCACUCGCUGCCCGACCCGCGCCUCACGCCCCUGGGUGAAUCCCAAUGCGCCACACUUCAAGGACUGCACUGGUCCCCAGAGCGCCAACAGUCACUCUCACUGAUCACCGCCUCGCCCUUGUCGAGGACACUCCACACCGCUUUGCUCACGUUCAUGCCCGCACUGACGUCGAGCCCUAAGUGCAAGCCUACCAUCCUCGCGAUUCCUGAUGCGCAAGAAACAUCCGACUAUCCCUGUGACACAGGCUCCGAUGUCGAUGUCCUACGAGAUUUCUGCACCGAGCGGAACUGGCCGGUCGACCUCUCCCUCGUUACAAAAUCAUGGAACAUCAAAACAUUAGACAACCGCUACUCUCCUGCAAGUGAGGCCAUCAAAACCCGCGCCAGGGAUUGCCGUCGUCUCCUCCGCCAGAAAGCCCGUGAACUGGCAGAGAGUGGAGACAACAACGUUGAGAUUGUCCUGGUCACCCAUGGCGGAUACCUUCACUACCUCACAGAUGACUGGGAAGACGCAGCCAAGCUGUCCGGUACUGGAUGGGAGAAUACGGAAUACCGCACGUACCACUUUGAACACGCCUUCUCCAACGACUCGGACGAGGAAGCAUUCCUAAUAGAAACAAUGGAAAGCCGUAAUCGGAGAGGCCUAGAACACUCGAUGUUAGGCCACGACAAGCAACAGGAGCUGUUUCAGAAAAUGAUGCAAGGAUGGGAGGACCAAGGACUGCAGAAUCCAAGUAAAUUGUCCAAUACCGCUGUCGACGACGAGAUCAUCGAAGAGCAGGAGAGUUACGGCCAAGCCCCGGCGGAUGCUGAGAGGCAUGUCACGAUGGCGGCGGAGGAGAUCCAGCCCCAGCCGGCCAGCGUGCAAGUGGUGGCUUAA